AUGAGAAAUAUUUAUUUAAAUUAACAAAAAAAGGAUAUAGAAGUAUAUAAAUUAGGAAAAAAUUUAUAACAUCCUCCCGGAUUUGAUUAUACAUCUAAAAAACAUCCUUAUUCAUGCAGUGGAAAAUGUGAUGGUAGUGAAAAGUUUACAAGAUAUAUUUGUAUUAAUUGUUUACCUGGACCAUAUUAAUCAAUUGGUUUUAUCGAAUUUAAUAAAGAAUGUUAUGAUAAAUAUAUGAAUGGAGAUGAAGAGUUAACUAACCAUAUUGCCAAUACUUAAGAUAGUAAAGCUCACACUAAAGAGCAUAUGAUUCUUAAAUUAAUAGCUCCAUAUGGAUCAUAUAGAGAGUUUUGA